CCCCCCCCCCCCCCCCCCCCACACUACUCUCUCUCUCUCUCUCUCUCGCUCUCUCUCUGUAUACAAGAGUUGUGAUCGAUCUACAGUCCCAAAAUCCCAACUCCCCAAACUCCGAAUUAACGUUCAUACUUCACUACCGACUCAGCUACGCACACACUCCUCACUCAUCAUACAUACCAAAUCAAUCACCAUCGAUUUUUGAAUUCUCACCGCUCCGGAAUCUCUCUAUCUCUCUGUCUAGCUUCGCUCCGAUUCAGAUGCUAUAUUGCGUCGACGGUAAGAUCGGAUUGAUCUCAUCGCCCUCUUAUACAUGUUUCAGGAUUUGAUCCCAUAUUGAUUGGGAAAAACGAUGCUUUUCUUUGCCCCAUGAAUUACGAGGAAUUGUGAAUAAAGGAAGGCAUUCUGAUGGUAGAAUUUGCCUAGAAAGUUGCUUAUCAAAAUAAAAAUAACUGAAGAGCUAUAUGUAGUUUUACGUUGGCUGCAUGGGCUCUAUAUCUUAAUGCCGCAGAAAUUAUGCAUUUAGCUUUCUGGAAUGCCUUGGAGUAAAUCAAGAUGAUGUUCAAAUCCAAAAUAAAAUGGGCUGCACUAGGAGGACUUGUUUUGUCUUUUCUCUCUUUGCUCGUUCAUUUACUUCUUGCCAAGUAUUCAAGUGCCGAUCAAGUUCUGUACAGUGCAAUGACUGGGUUUAAUGAGGAUUUAAAUCUAAAUGUCGAGGGGCGAAUGGGCACUGGACAUAGUAAGCUGUGGAAAAAUGUGAAAUCUCUAGAGUCCUUGCAGCCAUAUGCCAAUCCUAGAAGUAGAUAUCCUGUUCCAACUGAGGAGAAUAAUGGUUUCAUACAUGCCAAAGUUUUUGGUGGAUUUGAGAAGAUUCGAAGCUCGAUUUGUGAUCUUGUUGCCAUCUCCAGGCUUCUAAAUGCAACACUUGUCAUUCCAGAGAUUCAAGAAAGUACUCGUUCGAAAGGCAUCAGUUCCAAGUUCAGGACUUUUUCAUAUCUCUAUGAUGAGGACCAGUUCAUAGCAGGUCUAAAGAAUGAUGUAAUCAUUAUAAAGGAGCUGCCUCCAAAGUUGAAGGAGCGUAGGAAACGGAAACAGUUUCCAAUCUUCAAGCCCAAAAGUUCAACUUCUCCAACUUUUUACAUUAAAGAGGUCCUGCCAAAGUUGAAAGAAGUGAGGGUUGUUGGAUUAGUGCUUCAUGAUGGAAGCUGCCUGCAGCCUAUCCUUCCCUCUAGCUUGGCCGAGUAUCAGAGGCUCAGAUGUCGGGUGUCAUUUCAUGCACUUCAUUUCCGCCCAGAAAUUCUCGCACUUGGGCGCCUAAUGGUGGAAAGGUUACGAGCUUCAGGCCAACCUUACCUUGCUUUCCAUCCUGGCCUUGUGAGGGAUACCUUGGCAUAUCAUGGCUGUGCUGAGCUUUUUCAGGAUGUUCACACUGAACUUAUACAAUACCGACGAGCACAGCUGAUUAAACAAGGAAUUGUAAACGAAGAACUGAGUGUUGAUUCACAUGUCCGAAAAGGGAAUGGCUCAUGCCCCCUCAUGCCUCAAGAGGUAGGACUCCUCCUCCGGGCCAUGGGUUACCCUCCGAAAACAAGAAUAUACUUGGCAGGUUCUGAAACGUUUGGUGGUCAAAGGGUUUUGAUACCUUUACGUGCCAUGUACACCAACUUAGUGGAUCGUACUUCUUUAUGCAGCAAGCAAGAGCUAACCAAUUUAGUUGGACCUGAAACUCCACUUCCAGAGGACACUUUCCAGUUUCCUCCUGCCAAGACUGUGGACCAACUAAAAGAAGAAUGGGACAAAGCUGGCCCUCGUCCCCGGCCUCUUCCUCCACCUCCCGACAGACCUAUUUAUCAACAUGAAAAGGAAGGUUGGUAUGGUUGGGUUUCAGAAAAGGAUUCUGAACCAGACCCUUCACCCAUUGAAUUGAGGAGGAAAGCACAUCGGUUGUUAUGGGCUGCUCUUGAUUAUAUUGUUUCGGUGGGAGCCGAUUCUUUCUUUCCUGGUUUCAACAAUGAUGGGAGUGGAUGGCCAGAUUUUUCAAGUUUAGUCAUGGGGCAUCGGCUUUAUGAGAUGGCAUCUUCGAGAACAUAUCGGCCUGACAGGAAAUAUCUUGCUGAGCUCUUCAAUAUUACCAGAGACAAUCUUUAUUAUCCAAAGCGAAAUUGGACACUCUCAGUGCGAGAACAUCUGAACAAAGGCCUGGGCGAGGAGGGCCUUAAGAGGGAAUUUCGUCUAUCAAAACCAAAGUCAUUCCUUUCUCACCCAUUUCCCGAAUGCUCGUGUGGAAUUCUUGAAACUUCUGAGAUUCCUGACGUUCCAGGUUCAACCAAGGGCAUUAAUCAUCAGUUGUUAUAUGAAGGUGAAGAUGAGUGCCCCAAAUCGAUGGAGCAGAGUCUCACAACACUUAGCUAUCAAAAGAACCAUGUUAACGAGACUGAAUCACAAGAAGAUGAGAAUGAUUUGGAAGGACAACUGGAAUUAGAUGAUCAAGGCAGCUCGACUAGCACAACUUCCUCGUUGGAGCAGGAUGAAGAAAUGGAUCCUAAUGAUUAGGAAUAGAGAUGUACAGAUACUACCUGAUUCUUUCUGGCUCGAUUUUGCUUUUAGGGUUUGCUUCGGUCUCUCCAGCAAACUUCUUACUGGAUGAAAAAUUAUUUCAGAGAGCUUAUUGUUGUUGAGGCAGGGUGACGAACCAUCGGAAAUUCUUUCGUUGAGGUGGAUUAAAAAUUUUGUAGGAUCAGUAUACAGAACUCUUCACAGUGAACUCUUACAAGCAUUGCUGCUGCUGACCUUGUUCCAGCAUUUCGUUGCGUGCAGGUUGGUAAUAGUUUCGAAACAAGUCUCUUGUUUUGCGUCCCAUGAACAUCGUUUUUCUUUUAAUUUUUUUUUUUUAUAAAUUAUUUACACAUGUAUAAUUUUCUAUAUUUUUUGUUUUUCAAAAGCAAAAGUGGCGUUUUCAUAUAUUUACACUCUGAACUGUUGAUUGCGCUAUUUAUAUAUCCAGUAGACAUUUGACAU